AUGUUCCUGUCUCAGUGUGCAUUUCGUAUUUAUUUAUCAUCUUCGUUACGACAUCUAACAACUACUCGAGGGCUUAGCUACGACACUAAUGAACCUGUCUUGAAGAAUGAGUUUGAAAAGUACGGUGAAGUUUUACAUGUGAGGGUAAUUUGCGAUCACAAGAGCGGGAAAUCAAAAGGUUAUGGCUUUGUGGUGUUUGAUUCAGAAGAAGCAGCUGCAACUGCCUUAGCUUCCAUGAACAAUCAGUUACUAGAAGGCAGACACAUCAGAGUAGAAUAUGCUCAACCUAAAAGAGGUUUGCUUCAGAAUCAGGACUGAUAUCUCGAUUUUUGAUCUCACUGACUUCAGAUCUGUAGGUGAAGCACCAAACUCAAGAAAC